AUGGCGAAGGCGUACAACCCCGCGGGCGUGGAGGCGGGGUGGUACGAGUGGUGGGAGAGGGAAGGGUACUUCAAGCCGACGAUGGGGUCGAGCAAGCCCAAGUUCGUCGUCGUGAUCCCUCCUCCGAACGUCACCGGAGCUUUGCACAUCGGCCACGCGCUCACGAACAGCAUCCAGGACACGAUCGUUCGGUGGCGACGAAUGUCCGGGUACGAGGCGCUGUGGGUCCCGGGGACGGACCACGCCGGGAUCGCGACGCAGACGGUCGUGGAGAAGAAGCUGGCGAGAGAGGAGGGGAUCACGCGGCACGAGCUCGGACGCGAAAAGUUUUUGGAACGCGAAGCGUACGGCGGCAAAAUCUUCAACCAGCUCAAACGCCUCGGGUCGUCCCUGGACUGGUCCCGCGAGCGGUUCACGAUGGACGACAUGCUCUCCAAGGCUGUGAAGGAAGCGUUCGUGCGCAUGCACGCGGAGGGUCUCGUGUACAGAGACAACCGGCUCGUGAACUGGUGCUGCAAGCUCAAGACAGCCAUCUCGGACAUCGAAGUCGAUCACAUCGACUUGGAGGGCUCGAAAGAGCUCGUCGUCCCGGGGCAAGACGCGCCCGUAGAGUUUGGCAGCAUCUGGAGCUUCGCGUACCCGUACGAGGACGGCUCGGGCGAAAUCGUCGUCGCGACGACGCGUCCGGAGACGAUGCUCGGAGACUCCGCGGUCGCGGUCCACCCCGAUGACGAUCGCUAUAAAAGCGUCCACGGUAAGCACCUGAUCCAUCCGUUCAACGGGCGGCGCAUACCGAUCAUCACGGACGCGGAGCUCGUGGACAUGUCCUUCGGCACGGGCGCGGUUAAGAUCACGCCGGCGCACGACCCGAACGAUUUCGCGACGGGGAAACGGCACGAUCUCGAGUUUAUCAACAUGCUCACCGAGGACGGGCUCGUGAACGACGAGGGCGGGGACGCGUUUAAAGGGAUGAAGCGGUUCACCGCGCGCCGCGCGAUCGUCGAGGCGCUGGACGAGAAGGGGCUGUACCGCGGCAAGGCGGACAACCCGAUGCGACUCGGCCUGUGCUCGCGUUCCAAGGACGUGAUCGAGCCGAUGCUGAAGCCGCAGUGGUGGGUGAACUGUCAGCAGAUGGCCGCGGACGCGUGCGAGGCGGCGCGGAGUAAGGAGCUCGAGAUUCUUCCGCCGUUCAUGGAGCCCACGUGGUUCCGAUGGCUCGAGAACAUUCGCGACUGGUGCAUCUCGCGGCAGCUGUGGUGGGGGCACCGCAUCCCCGCGUACUACGUCCGAUUCGACGACGAGACGGAGGACGCGGCGGGGAUGCCCGGCGGCAGCUCCGAGCAGCUCGACCGCUGGGUCAUCGGCCGCGAGGAGGACGAAGCGCGAAUCGCGGCGACGGAGAAGUUCCCCGGACGCGCGUUCACGCUCGAGCAGGACGAGGACGUUCUCGACACGUGGUUCUCCUCGGGGCUGUUCCCUUUCAGCGUCUUCGGCUGGCCGGACGAGUCCCCGGACCUCGCGGAGUUUUACCCGACGUCUCUGCUCGAGACCGGGCACGACAUCUUGUUCUUCUGGGUCGCGCGGAUGGUCAUGAUGGGCAUGAAGCUGACCGGCAAGGUGCCGUUCAAGCAGGUGUACCUGCACGCGAUGGUGCGCGACGCGCACGGGCGGAAGAUGAGCAAGUCUCUCGGGAACGUCAUCGACCCGCUUCACGUGAUCGAGGGCAUAUCGCUUCCGGAGCUGAACAAGACGUUGGAGGGUGGCAACUUGGAAGAGAAAGAGAUCAAGAAGGCGGCGCAGGGGCAGGCGCAGGACUACCCGGAUGGCAUUCCCCAGUGCGGCACCGACGCGAUGCGAUUCGCGCUCGUCGCGUACACCGCGCAAGGGAGGGACAUCAACCUCGACGUCUUGCGCGUCGUCGGGUAUCGGCACUGGUGCAACAAGAUGUGGAACGCGAUCCGGUUCGCGAUGAUGAACCUCGGCGAGGGGUACGCGCCCCCGGAGACGCCGCUGACGUGCGGCGACGCCCGCCUCCCCCCCGCGUCGCGGUGGGCGCUGAGCCGGUUCAAUCACGCGGCGAAGGUCACGGUGGAGGCGAUGGAGGUGUACGGCUUCAACGACGCGACCACCGCGGUGUACGCGUUUUGGCAGUACGACGUCUGCGACGUGUUCAUCGAGCUCGUCAAGCCCGUCGUGAACGGCGACGACGAGAACGCGAAGAAGGCGACGAGGGACACGCUGUGGACGUGCCUCGACGGCGGGCUGCGGCUGUUGCAUCCGUUCAUGCCGUUCGUCACCGAGGAGCUGUGGCAGCGGCUCCCGAGAAGGAAAGCGGAGAGCGCGCCGUCCAUCAUGAUCGCGGACUACCCCGCGCACGCGCCGGAGCGCGUCGACGCCGUCGUCGAGGCACAGAUGGCGAUCGCGCAGGAGACGGUGAAGGCGACGCGGUCGCUUCGCGCGGCGUAUAACCUCCCGCCCAAGGCCAAGCCCGAGCUGUUCGUCGUCACCCGCGGCGACGACGCGACGGCGGCGAUCGACGCGUUCGCGAGGGACGUCGCAACCCUCGCCGGGUGCGCGAUGCUGACGCGGCUUGGGCCGGAGGACCAGAUCCCCGCGGGGUGCGGCGUCGUCGUCGUGAACGAGUCCGUGACGCUGUACCUGUUGCUCAGGGGCGUCGUGGACCCCGCGACUGAGAUCGCCAAGCUAGGGAAGAAGACGACGCAGGUGGAGAAGCAAGCGUCGGAGCUGAAGAAAAAGACGGAGAUGCCGGGGUACGAGGAGAAGGUGCCGCGGAGCGUCAGGGACGAUAACGUGGAGAAGAGCGUGAAGCUCGACGCGGAGCUCGCGUCGAUCCGAGCCGCCAUCGCGGACUUCGAGAAGCUCAUGCGCGAAGACGCCGCGUAG